UUUCCCACUAGGAUACGGCCAUCUGAUGCUGGUGGGCCGGUGACCCGGGGCACAACCAUAUAUGGUUUGAAGCUGAAGACUAAUGAGCAUUUUUCUUCGGCCGCUGAGCGCCUCCCCGAUGCGGUGAGUGUCGCCUUUCCCCGGCCGUGGCAUGUGGAAGGAGAGGGAGUGGAAAAUAAGGAUUCCGUAAGGAAACGUUCACGGCAUGUGAAACACAUCCAGCAUGAAAGGAUAUAAGGGUCAGGAGAGUGUCACGAAGAGGUCAAGCCAAUUUGCCAAAUCCACAAUGCGAUUCUGGAGCAGCUUUGCACCAAUCACUCUGCUUCUUUCUACCGUCGCAGCAGACUUCCAUGCUGGUUCAGCCCAUUGUGUUCAGCAUUGGCCAUCAGAAGAAGAUGACACAUUUGGGGUUAUCCUCCCUUCAAACAAAGACACCUGCCUUAGUGCGACGGGCACGUAUUCCAAUCAGGGUUUUGAAUAUGGGCCGGAAAUGACCGCUACGCUCUGUGGUGCCACAAUUACCAUUCACAAUACCCGAACGUGGACUAGCUCAGACGGGGGAAGCGGAAACUGCUAUCAGAUCAAUGGCGGAAGUGGAAAGAGCAGUACGUGCACGAAUGGGGCUUUCGGAGAGUGCGUAUGGACCGAUCAUAUCUGGUGCGAGUCCUACUUGUGCAAGUAGAAUGAGAAAGUAGUCCUGUAGCGACGCCGGCACAGAUUUGUGUUCCAUAGCUCCGAAGUUCGAAGAUUGUGACACAAUGUAGAAAUCGCGAAAAGCGCUGCGCAAAUGUAACCUUGCUAAAAAUUUUCAGCAUCCAUAAGCCAAGUCCAUAGC